AUGCAGAUUCAACAGCAUGCAGUCUUCAAGCAUUCACCAUUCUACCUGUUGUAUGAAUUGCAUCCGCGCAUCUCAGAGAAUGCUUUGAAAAAGGUAGAGAAGAGAGCAGUUGCGGACACAGCAGAAACAGCAGUUGCAAAUACAGUAGAAACAGCAGUUACAGAUGCAGCAGUAGCAGUUGCAGAUGCAACAGUUGCAGAUGCAGAAUCAAGAUUGAAAGAGAUCAGCCAUGCAUGUGCAAAAGCUAAUAAGUUACUUCUGAACUGA